AUGCCUAAAACUAAGAAAAGCAGAUCAAGAAAGUCUGUAAAUGAUGACGAUGAUGACUCUGAAGAACCAUUACACGAAUUUGAAACUUCCUCAAUAGAUUCGUCUGAAAAUUCAAACGAUAACGACAUGGAAGAAGGCUCUGAUGAAAGCAACUCUAUUUCUUGGAGAGAUCGAUUGAAACCUUCAGUUUCUUCCCCAUCAUCCAAAAACUCAAAGAAAAGAGGUAAAUUGGAGAAGAAUAAAGGCUCAUCAUCAUCGUUGUCGGUUAAGAAGAAAAAACCAGCAAGAAAGAAAAAAAAGGUUUCCUCUUCGUCCUUGACUGAAAUAUCUCCUCCCUUCGUUGAUUUUACCACUACGGAUGAUUUCAAUGAUUCAUUACCAGACGCAGUUUAUUUUAGCAGACUUGUUUUGGAUAAAUUGACUAUGGAAGAAGUUAGAGACUUGCCCAUUCAAUAUUCCAUAGAGUUUCCGGAAGACUAUUUAGCGGUUAGAAAUGUCAUUCUGUUCAUGUGGUGGAAUGACAUUGCAACAUGGAUCAAUUGUGAUACUCUUUUAGAACAAAUUCCCAACCUUGCGUACAUUAAGAAGAAAACGAUUGUUUCACCAUCACUUUUAUCAGAAAUUAUAGUUGUAGCAUAUGAAUUUUUGAAUCGACAUGGAUUCAUCAAUUAUGGAUACAUGUGUAGCACUAGAUACCCAAAACCAGUGGAUACUAGUUUGAAACCCCAUCAUUUUGAGUUACUGAAAAGAACUCCAAUUCUGAAUAAGGAACAUAAGCAUGUGGUCGUUAUUGGUGCAGGUAUAUCUGGAAUUUUGGCUGCAAAAAAACUUCUUUCUCUUGGAUAUCAAGUUACAAUCAUUGAGGGGCGUGGAAGACCUGGUGGUAGAGUGUUUACUGAUUACUCUUGGACUGAUCAUUCUCCUGUUGAUAUUGGCGCAUCAAUUAUCACAAAUACGUCUGCUUCUCCGAUUGUAUGUCUUGCGAACCAAACAUUGAUCAACUUGGUAACCAUGCCAAAAGAAGAUCAGUUAUUUCAAUCGAACGGAAAAAAAGUUCCAAAAGAUUUGGAUGAAAAAUAUACCAAUCUCUAUAAUGAAAUUUUGGAUCGAGUUUGUUCCUUAAAAUUUCCUGAACAUGAAGAGGAACGAGAAUUGUAUCGAAGAGAUCCUAACUUGGGAUUUUCAGAUAGACAUCCCAAAGAUUUAAGUUAUGAAGCACGAGUGAACAAAACAGACAUGUCACUGGGAUAUGCUCUCGAUAAGAUGAUUGAUUAUUAUGUUAGUCAGGUCCCUGAGCAAGACCGAAAAACAAUGAAAGAGGUAUUACAUUGGCAUGCAGCAAAUCUAGAUUAUGGUGUUGGACAUGAUGUAGAAUCAGCCUCACUUUAUCAUUGGGAUCAAGAUGAUAUUUAUGAACUAGGUGGAGAUCAUUCUUUUGUAAAGGAAGGAUUUUCAAAGAUGAUUGAUAUGCUCUGUAAUGAUACCCAACAGUUAGAGAAUAAUGUGAUUCGUUUUAAUCAAAUGGUGACUGAAAUUGACUAUUCUGACCCGAAAAUAGUCAAGGUAAAAACAAAAACUACUCCCAAGUUCGAAAGUAUUCAUUCCAAUCCAAUUGGAGAAUUCAAAACAUACAAACCAGAAAAACAGCCAACCAAUGACACAUCACAAGAAUUUACAUAUCCAUGCGAUGCAGUUUUGGUAACUGUACCACUGGGAGUUCUACAAGGAAAAUCUCCAUCAAAUGUUUUCAAUUUUAAUCCUCCAUUGCCAGAAUGGAAAACUCAAGCAAUUCACAAACUAGGUUUUGGGUUACUGAACAAAAUAAUUUUAGAAUUUGAUUAUGAAUUUUGGGAAAAGAGUCACUUUUUCUUUGGAUUAACUCAUGAUAAUCCUAACGAACGAGGAUUUUGCUACUUGUUUUGGAAUUUAUAUCCUCUCACACAAAAACCAUUACUAUGCGGUCUAGUGGCUGGAAAAUCAGCAUUUGAAUUGGAAAAUGAUGCGAAUAAUUUAGAAUUUAUCAAAUCUAAGGUAAUGAAAUAUUUAAGGAAGGCAUAUCAUUGGAGUACGGAACUUCCUGAUCCUAAAAAGAUUUUGAGAACGAAUUGGUAUAGUGAUCCAAUGAGUACAGGAUCGUAUUCGUAUGUGAGAAUUGGUGCCACUGGUGAUGAUUAUGAUUUAUUGGCUGAGAGUGUGGAAGAUCGAAUCUUUUUUGCUGGUGAGCACACAAGUCGCAAAUUUCCAGCAACAGUAAUGGGAGCAGCAGUUUCUGGAUUGAGAGAGGCCGCAAAGAUUGAUGCUCAUUUUGCCAAUCUUUCGACAUGUAACAAUAGACUCACACGUUUGAAACAAUCGAAUGGAACGAAUGUGAGUAGUGGAAGUGCCUCAAAAGACUUGACCAAUAAUGGUCAUUGCAGCAAACCCGUUUCAACCAAUCACUCGAGGAAUGAGAGUAAUCAUACAACUAGCACCACCAGCAGCAGCAACAACAUCACCAGCACCACUACUACUACUACCAGCACUACAAGCACCGUUUCUUCAGAGAGCUCUCUGCUUGCCUCAAUGGUUAAAAAAUCCAAUGUCCUGACCAUUCAACCAUCAUCCUCCAGUCAAAGUCGAGGAUGGAGAAGGACUGCCAUGACACCAUCUUUACAUUCACAACAAAACGAAGUAUCUAAAUCUUCCUCACAUCAUUUAUCACCUACAACAACAGGAACGACUGCAACAACACUUCACAACACGUUGAUACCUGUGACUCCUCCAUCUUUGCACUAUGCAGCCACCACCACUACCACUCUUCCACCUCCUCAUUCAACAACUGGCAUAAUGUAUCAUGGGGUUGCACCACCACAAGUUGGAGGAACCAUUUAUGCAAAAAGUACUCCCAUACCCCCUCCACCUCCUCGUUCAGCAGGAGGAUUUUAUGCAUUGUAUCAUGCACCACAACCAACACCACCAUCUUCCACUCACCAUCCUACGACUACCUUAAUGACUCCAACCCUUUACGCCUAUCCUCCCUUCGCUGUGGUGAACACACAACCCACAGACAAAAAUCCGUUGGAUGACGUCAAAAGAAACCACCACUCCAACGUCACACGAGAAAAGGCCAAUCAAUAA